GUUGGAAACACAUUGAGUCAUAGCAACGGCAGGCAGAGUUUGUCGAUCUCUCAUGAAAUGAACUGUGUCAAUCGACCAACCCUCAAUCACGCGAGCAUCCGACGGACGGACAGGACAAAGGGGCAUUGCACAGCCGAGACACGAAGAGAGACAAGACACGACCUAAGUACCCUCCUUUCAGAUCAAGUCCUUUUUUCCUUCUUCAGAAGCAAUUUUCUACAACCGUUUUCUUUCCACGGACGACCACGCGUCCACGUCUUUCCACCAUCUCCUAAGUCAUCACGGGCUGACUGCAUCGAAGUAAUCACCUGCGAUGGACACAUCAUCGCCGUCACCGUUGACGGAGACCAUGUCCUCUUCGUAUCUCGUGUCCAAGUGCGGGCGCCGCUUCUCCUUCUUUAUGGCCUUCAGGGAUUUCUUCGACUGGCGCUUGUUUUUUCGUGACACACAUCACACGGAGGAACAAGAGGUACACCUCAUGCAUGUCAGAACCAAACAGGCCGGCUUGCUUACUUUGAUUUUCUGCUUGAUGCGUUUGGCCCUUGCCUCCCGAAGUUGCUGCACGACAUCGCGGAGGCCGUAGUUGACCCGGACAUCAGCCUGUGCCGUUUUUUCCCUGACGAGACACACGCAUACAAGCCACGAGACACGAGACACGACAGGGACACGUGCAUGUUUUCUGCUGUCCAUGACGAUCUAUCAGAUGCCCUCUCUGCACAAGUCUGGCGUACAUGCACAAGGGGCAGACGGCUACGCGACGACUGCUCCUGCGGAACUCAGUGCGAAUCAGUCUUCGAACGCACUGAUUGACAAGGAGGCAUUCCAUGUGUUCAUCAUUGACAGUGUGUGUGCACAGAAUCACGGACCUUCGCGCAAAAGGAGUGACCUGACGGCAGAUGGUUGGGUGGAUGGAUGACACACCGCACAAGACAACACACACGUCCCCCCAGAACCCCCCAGGGCCUCUCUCUCUCGCUCUUUCUCUCUCUGCGUGCGUGUGUGUGCGAAUAUUUGCUCACCGCAUGGGAGAACUUGAGGCUGCUUGUCGACCUUUUCGUGGUGCCAGUCCUUGAAGCACACGCCGCACUGGGGAACUUCAAUUCCCGCCAUCAGAUACGCGAGAGCUCCCUGGAAGUUAUGCGCAAGUUGUCCGCCCUAGUCUCGACGCGAAAUAAGCUGCCCUCACCUUGGGUUGAUUGGACGCCGAGGUCCCCCGCGCUGGCAGCGUUGAGUUCGAGCCUGGGGGCGCAUGGGGGCGGCCUGAUACUGCAUGCCAUCAGUGCGCGUGCAUUCCGUUGGUCAACAGACGAGCUAGGAGAUGGAGGGAGGCCCCAACAGGAGAAGUGAACUCAGGCGACUGCGAAGCCCGGACGUAAGACCACGAGUACUGCAACCCACAU